CAUCGCCCUUGGGUCUCUAAAGCCCCUGACGAACUCCUUCCAACCGCCGAAUCCAAUCUGUCCUCGGAGAACUUGUCGAAACUCGAUCAAUUCCCCGAUUCGAUUUUGCUCUCUAGAAGGUCUGGAGUUAUUGGAUCGCCAUCCAUGGAGAAUGUUGCUCCAUUGCAGGAAAUCAUGUUGGAGUUUCGUGCCGGCAGGAUGUUCCUUGAUGGAACACGAGUGGUUCCAGAUAAUUGCAAAGGGCUUGUCCGCAUAGGAAGGGGCGAGGAAGGAUUGGUCCAUUUUCAGUGGCUGGAUCGGAACCGGAACACAGUAGAAGAAGAUCAGAUCAUCUUUCCAGAUGAAGCUGUUUUUGAGAAGGUGACUCAAUCUUCUGAAAGAGUAUAUGUCUUAAAGUUUAGCUCUGAUGACAGGAAAUUCUUUUUCUGGUUGCAGGAGCCAAGAGCUGAAGGAGACUCACAGAUAUGCAACUCAUUUAAUAGCUACAUCAAUCAGCCUUUAGAAGAUGCAAUUGGUGAAGAUGAGGCUGAAGCUUCAGUUGCUAUGCAAAUGUCUGAGAUGUCAGAAGAUGCUGCUGAGGAUGAUCUCUCAUCCAGAGCUGGAAACUUGGUUGAUCAAAACAUGGCUGCUGAAUUGUCUGGUGAGGUAACUUCAUCAGCUGGACCUGUACAAUUGGCAGAUUUACAGAGAAUAUUGAGAAGCAUUCAGCCGUCAGAUGCUGUUGAAGAUCCUGACGCAGGAUUGGGAUUAGGUGAUAUUUUGAAGCCUGAUUUAGUCAUGCCACUGAUUGAAACUUUGCCACUUGAACAACAAUUGGCAUCAUACUUGCCUGAGGGUUCAUGGACUCCUGCUGAUCUCAUGGACUUGUUGCAGUCUCCACCAUUCCGGCAGCAAGUAGACACAUUUACUCAUGUGCUUCGGACAGGACAGAUAGACCUGUCCCAGUUUGGAAUGGACCCAAGCAAAUAUAAUUUCACUGUUCUCUCAUUUCUUGAGGCUCUAGAAGACUCGGUGGCAAAAUCAUCAGAAUCUGAAGAGACGGAUUCAAGGCAAGACGAGAACAAGGAUGCUAAGUCACAAAGAUGCAGCCGAAGUAGUGCCAUGGAUGAAAGCUGACUCUACCGGUUGGCAUUGUGUGAACAAAUUUCAUAGCAUUUUAUUCCGUGUUCGAGGGGUAGCAAAGGUGAGAGAGGAUUGGGGGGCUUAUAAUCACAUGGAUAAUCUUCAUGCAAGAAUUGGAUGGUCGGUGCAAUUGCGACAUUCAUUUCAACUAUGGAUGUUGAUUGAUAGACACAGAUCAAUAAACUUCUCAUUAUUCUUAAUUCUAAC